GAACCUUUCUUCACCUUUGUGUGUCUCCUCAUCAAAUCCCUAAAUCUCGAGGUUCGAAGAAGAGACGAAAAUGGCACUGAGAAAUGCAAUUCUUCGUCACUUGAGGGUUCCGGUUCAAAACCUAGGACUGAAUCAGUCUCAAAUUGGGUUCCUUGGUUCGAUCCGGUCUUUUUCUUCUCACGAUGAUCAUCUCAGCAGAGAAGCUGUCGUUGAUAGAGUUCUUGAUGUCGUCAAGAGCUUCCCUAAAGUCGAUCCCUCUAAGGUGACUCCUGAGGUACAUUUCCAAAACGAUCUGGGGUUAGAUAGUUUGGACACAGUGGAGAUAGUGAUGGCUAUUGAAGAGGAGUUCAAGCUGGAAAUCCCAGACAAAGAAGCUGACAAGAUCGAUUCUUGCACUCUCGCCAUUGAAUACGUUUACAAUCACCCAAUGUCUAGCUAAAUCCUGUGGUGCUCUCUCUGUCUCUCAUGGUUUCUCCUUCUGUUUCUUCCCCCCUUUUUUUUGAAAUUUGUAUGAGGUUCUUCUCUCUUGAGAAUGGGAUUUGCAAAUAAAUUCACUUCUGUUUUGGAGAGCAUUGUUGUUUAUUGACUCUUUUUAACAGUUUCAGUUUCUUUGAGAAACCCCUUUUUGCUUGAAUCUUGUGGAAGUUGACACUC